AUGACCCGCAGCGACGCAGGCGACGUUAUUGUCGUGUCCGAGCUGGAGGACGCUGAUCGCGAAUUAGUUCUUGCCUGCCUCGCGAGGCAGCUGGGGGGAAAUGAUUCGCCGUCAGCGCAGCGUCAGGGAUCCGCAUUCGUUUUGCGGCUGCCUGUGCCUCGGGCACUGUUGGACCACUUAAGCUCCGGCCAGACGGCGGACUCGAUGCCGCGAAACGGUUCGCCCGCAAGGAGCGACGUGGGCGGUCUUCGGUGGCUUCGGCGAAUGUUGCACGACUUUUUAGAUGAGAUGAGCAGGCGUGUUGCGAUCCCAGCCGCCUCGCAUAACUUAAACUCCAAGGGAAACUCUGACGUCAACCAUGCGACGGUGUCCUCGUCCGCGUUGCUGCAUCGGUCCCAAGCUUUGCUCUCAAACGGGUUAUCCUUUGGUGAUGUGCGGGCAUCUUUGCUAGGUUUCCUGACCCUGAAAUGGGGUGAGGGCGCCCUUGUUCGUCAAGCAGCUACCGACCUGCUGCGUGCCCUGCAGCAGCAUCGAAACCAUGAUGUGGAGAUGCAACUGUUUAGUUCUCUGCUCUCCUGCAGAGGUUACGAUAAAGAGGACUUCGGGUUGUUUUUGCAGUGGUGGACAGAGUUGCAACGCCAUUCCUCUUUGUGUCGUGCAGAUGGGCGUUGGGUUUCUGUCAGGAAGGUAUGGCUGUGUGCAAAACUCUGCCUUGCGGCAUGUAGCCUCCCUUCUGCGGUGAAGGCGAACAUUUCUUCACGGCUUCAGAAUGUCAUUGCACGUUGGUUCCGUCGCAGGGAGGGCAAUAACAGGAGCAGUGACAAGAGCGGUGGGGAAGCUGUGAACCUUCAUGAAACGUUGGGUCAGCCACAUCUUUUUUCUCUACCGUACUCGGUGUCUGUGAUGCGGGGUUAUGUUGGGGUGUCCACCACUGCGCCGCAGCGAGAGGAACUUGUGCCGCGGCCUUCAAGUGAUCACAUGAUAUCUGCGGGGCACAUCUUGGCUCUUCUGCUACUUAACACGAAAAUGGAGAGGCUGCAACAGGGCUCCAACGGUUCACGGUCUUCCCCCACUGCGCACGAGACUCGCAUCUUUUCCUGUACUGCGCCUUCGAUGAGUCCGUACGGCACAGCGCUGCGGUUGACAGGGGGUAGCUCGGCGCAUACAGAGGUGGGUGGUUGCACUGUCGUGUCCACUGAGACGAUGAGGAAUGCCAAUGCAAUGGCUGCAGGGGAGGCGAAACUGCACGGUGACCACCAACUUGACGCGGCCCGACGACGCCAUACUCAUUCGGGUAUGAAGGAAGAAGUGAGCGCCGAUGCAGCGGCAGUUUCCUUGCUCGAUUAUGAGGCGCGUUUCAAGAUGGUGUUGAAAGGCCUCGAGGAGCGCAAGGCCAAAGCCUCGCAGCAGCAUGAGAGGCGUUUGACGAGAACUUCCUUAGGCCUGUGCAAAAGAUAA